CGUCCUGGAGUCCCCAAGCAUGUGCCUCCCCCUCGGGCUCCUCCUGGUCCUCUUCGGAAGCGCCCGGGGGCUCCUCGGCCUCUCUGCCCACCCGCCUCAGCCCGGCCCCCUGGCCCACGUGGAACAGUAUGAGAUUGUGUAUCCGCUGCGGCUGCCUGGGCCCAGGACCCGGAGAGACCUCUCCUCGCCCCCAACCGCGUACCCGGAGAGCCUCCGCUACGUCCUGCCUCUGAAAGGCAACAACUUCACCCUGCACCUGCGCAGGAACAGGGACCUGACGGGGGCCAACUACACGGAGACCUACAGCUUGGCCGACGGCACCGAGGUGACCGAGCAGCCCGAUGAGCUCCAGGACCAUUGCUUCUACCAGGGCCACGUUGAGGGGCAUCAGGACUCGGCAGCCAGUAUCAGCGCCUGCCAGGGAAUCAGGGGCUUCUUCCAGACAGGCUCCACCAUCCACCUCGUUGAGCCCCUGCAGGGCGCUGGCCACGAGGGCAGACACGCCGUGUACAGAGCGGAGCAGCUCGCGGAGAAGCCCGUGACGUGCGGCGUCAGCAACACCACCCUGGAGGAGGACCUGGAAGCCAAGAUGGCGGCCGCCCAGAAGCCACGCAACUGGAAAUCGGGGGCCGUCUCGAGGGAGACCCGCUACGUGGAGCUCUUUGUGGUGGUGGAUCAUGCCGAGUGGGUGAAGAUUGGGAGCCGCCAGGCCGUACGGAGUCGGGUGAAGGAGAUCGUGAACCACGUGGACAGGCUCUACCAGGAGCUCAAUUUCCGUGUGGUCCUCAUUGGCCUGGAGAUGUGGAACUCGGGCGACCAGGCCCACGUCAGCAGCAGCCCCGAAGCCACGCUGGACAACUUCCUCAGGUGGCGAAGCCAAGUGCUCGUCCCCCGAAAGAAGCACGACAACGCCCAGCUGAUCACGGGUGUGGAUUUUGAAAAAACAACAGUGGGGCUGGCCAGAGUGGCCUCCAUGUGCAGCGCCGGCUCAGGGGCUGUGAACCAGGACCACAAUGACAAUCCAAUCGGAGUGGCAUCGACCAUAGCUCACGAGAUGGGACACAACCUUGGCAUGGACCACGACGAGAGCAUCCCCGGCUGCUACUGUCACGCGCCCAGUCGGAAUGGAGGCUGCAUCAUGGCGGCCAGUCUCAGCGCCAUCUUCCCCAGAACGUUCAGCUCCUGCAGCAGGCACAACCUGGAGACGUUCGUCGGCAGUAACAUCUUCCAGGCGAGCUGCUUGACGAACUCCCCGAAGCUGGACGACAUCUACGGAGGCCCCGUGUGUGGAAACAAGUUUGUGGAGCGAGGCGAAGAGUGCGACUGCGGCGCCCCAGAGGAGUGCACAAACCACUGCUGUAACGCCACCACAUGCAGACUGGCCACGGGCGCCACGUGUGCUCACGGAGAAUGUUGCCACGACUGCCAGGUGAUGCAGGCUGGCGAGACCUGCCGCGAGGCUCAGGAUGACUGUGACCUGCCCGAGUACUGCGACGGCCAGCGGGGCGAGUGUCCGGAGGACGUCUUCCGAGAAAACGGCUCUCCUUGCCCGGAUGGUUACUGUUACAACGGGGCCUGUCCGACGUACCAGCGGCAGUGCCAGGCCCUCUGGGGCACAGGUGUCUACGUGGCCUCCGAUAAGUGCUUCUCGCUCCACGUCCAGCCGAGAUGCUCGGCCUCAUCCCGAGGGAGCUUCGACAAGUGUGGGGUCCUCCAUUGCGCCGGAGUGACGAGCACCAACAGGGCCUACUGCACCAUCACUCUGGUCAACCGGGUGCCGUGCACCGUGAUGGCAAAGGGGGAAGACAAUGAGCCUUUCGAGAAGGUGGCCACCGGGACCAAGUGCGGCGAGCGGAUGGUUUGCUACGACGGGCUCUGCCAGGACCUCCGAGUCUACGGGGCCAAGAACUGCUCCAGCCAGUGCAGCGACCACGGGGUUUGCAACCACAAGAGGGAAUGCCACUGUGAUCCGGGCUGGGCUCCGCCGGACUGCCGACACAGAGCGACGGACGCGGCCCCAGGGGCCCGAGGGGUGCUGGUGGGCGUUCUGGUGACUGGAGCCGUCCUGGUCUUGCUUGUCGGCGUGGCCUUCGUGCUCUGCAGGCGCCGCACGCUGCCCCCCAUCCAGAAGAGGAGAAUCGCCACCCAAAGUCCUUCUGGCCUGGCCAAUCCCUUGUUCCGAGAGGGCGGCUGCAAGGCCCCGGGGCCGAGCUCUCCUCCCCUGCCUGCUGCCCAGCACCCAAAUCCGCCCUUGGAUCCCGGAGUCCCUAAACAACCGCCCCCUGUGCCUCCUGCAGCGGCCUUCAAAGUGCCCGUGUACACCAAGCAGGCUCCCCCGCCGAGCAAGCCUGCAGCACCCAGCAAACCCCUGCCUGAGCUAAAGCCCAAGCAGGUGGUCAAGCCGACGUCUAGCCCUCCCCCACCACCUCCGCCUGUGAAACCCCCAGCUGCUGCCUCAAAGCCUCAGGGAGCUGCUCCCAGGGUACCGCUGAUGCCGCCAGUCCAGGUGACUGGAAGGAGGUGACUGGAAGGAAACCGGGGCUGCUCGGGCAAACGCUGGCAUAGCUUGUUGCUUCGAUGGUUCCCCAAGCCCUGGCAGGCCAGGAUGGUGACACGUGUCACAAUCAAUCAUUUGCAAAGCAGGUGUCGGGGUGGCUUCCUCUGGGGCUGUGAGAUGGGCUGACUGGCUGUCCCUGCCCCCCCCCCUCCCCCAACAUCUGUCUCUGGAGCACCAGGGCCUUCCAGAGAAGACAGGAGGAAGCCAGUCCUGCCAACAUGGCUGUGCCGCCAUUUUUCUGCAUCGCUGAGCCUUCCCCCGUUCUUCCCGUGGAGGCUUUGGGACUCCUUGCAGCUGGAGGACUCGUGCCCCGUGCCCCGAACCAGCGCUUGGCCCGUGUGGGGUCAGAGCCAAGGGGCCCUCGUGUCUGCCAUGCCCAGGGAUUUGGGAAAGUCACUUCCUCCCACGUCUCCAAGGGACAUUGGGGUGGCUCUCCCUCCCCCUCGGGUGGGCCGAGCACCGGCGGAGGAGCGUGGCGCCCUCCGGUCAUUCCAAGUGGUCCCCAGCAGGCCUCGGUGUCUGCCAGGCAUCAGCCCCCGGGUCAGGGGCAGCCAGGAAGAGUGCUCCAGCCGGCCUGGCCUCUCCCCCCACUUCCUCGAGGCUGCUGGAAAGCCGCCCCCAACCCGCUUGGCCCAGGGGCUCUGCUCAUCCCUGGCCUGUGUCUGCCUCCCGCUUGGGGAUAACAGUCUGCCGGCUUCAGCUGAAGCUGCUUCUCUCCAGUCUUGGCUGCCGAGGCUGCUGCAUGUUGGGGUUCGAGUUAUUCUGGGCGUCGGCUGGCUGGGGGGCCCGGAAAACUCCCGGAUGGUGACCCAUCCGAGCCAUUGUGCCAUCUGGCCGGUGGCCGGCUGGGAAUAAAGUACUUGGAAGCCCUUGUG